UUUUCAGAGUAUGACGCGCGUCGCUCUGUCUCUAUUCAUUCUGCAGCGUAGGCUUAUCUUAUCUUAUGAAUAUUACGAAGGGAUGUGCUUAUGAAUAUUAAUUAACAGGAACUGCCACCCGAUAGGAAGAACCAGAGCCUAAGUAACCUAAGUAAUAUUUAUGACCAAAAUACGUAUGAGGCCGACGUCGUCCAGUAUUUCUGUCUUGAACCAGGAAGUAACGUGUUAAAACAGUUCUCUCUUUAGACAUUUGAAGAACACGACAAUGGGCUGACUGAGGAGAAUCUAAACUGAAAAAUGGAAAAGUAUUUAGCACUGUGCCUUUUAAUGUAUGCUAUCGCUGGCUGUUUUGCUGACGAUCUCACUUACUUGAACGAGUUCUACUCUAAAACGCCUCAGAGGUUGUCCAAAUACAGCUGGUUCGGGAAUGUUCGGCUCCAUCACUUCAGAGUACCGGAAGAUGCGGUGCUCGUGCGGUGGCUGCUCACGGUCUCACGGGGAUCCGGACUGAACUGUGGCAACCAAAACAUCACUGUGCACUUUAGAGCCGGAGCGCCCCCGGUCAUCAACCCCAUACAAACUGCCUUUCCGAACUCCACGUCAGUCUCUCUUGCUCACAACGUGACGCUGACCGUUCCCAGUGGACAGAGCGUCAACGUGACACUGUUCAAUGUGACCCACCCCAAACCUGGUGACUGGUUCCUUGCUGCUCACCUGCCUAAAGAUGAUGGCAAGAUAGAGCAGCAGGGUCUGCCAUCUUGCUCAUACUUAUUCCAGGCACAGAUGUUUGUGAGAAGAGCUGCUGACCUGCCAAUCCUGCAAUACAACAUUCCUCUCUAUCAAACACUCACGACAGCUCCAGCUCUGUUUAAGGUCUUUGUUCCAGAGUUCUCCUCCAGGUUGGAUGUUUUCAUCAUGAACUGUUCUGUAAUGAUGGGAAAUGAUUGUGGGCUGUCAAUCACUAUAGGCUCCAGCACUUUGAGUCAGGGCUCGGAAGUGAAACAGAACUGUUCAGGGUUAGAGAGCUGCUCCGCAUCGGUCCUCAUUCCCCCGUGGAACACCUGGUUGCUGGUUAUGGUCCAGUCUAGUCAACCAAACACCACAAUACCUUUCAACAUCUCUGCCAAUGUCACAGUGGGAUGUAAACCUUUGAGCGUCUCUUCAGAUUUCAACACCUCAGCCUUCAUACGUACCAUCAUUGCUCCCCAAAGCAACAGCUCAGGUGCCCUCAGUAACGCUUCCGUUUCCACGAGAGACCCGCCGGGCCUCCGUACUAACAGCUCUGAGCCAAUGUGCAUGAGAAACCCUUCAGUGUUCAGAGAAGAACAGGAUGUGCUAUCACUACGCUUCAUCGUUUCCAACAACAAUCUCAGCGUGAACUCUGACCUUCCAACUGUGCUCGCACUUGAGCACUCUCCUGGUGAUAGUGGCGGCACGUUUGUUGUACAGCUCCACUUGAACACUAGUUCUGUGGCCGGUGGAUUUGCUCAUGUCAAAGCAUGUCUCACACCUUUUGCUCCUGUACUUCAUGUCAACCACAGCCAGACUUGUGCUACAGGGUUUGCACAGGGUUAUUCUCUGAGCGUGAGCAGCAAUGAAUCACAUGUACUGUUGAGGAUCCCAUUCCCAGAUGCAGCAGUGUGGUACCUCAGCCUCCAGACCAUGUGCAAUGACAGUGUUGACUGCAGGAACACAUCAGCCAUAGUGAGUGUGUCUGUUAGUAUUAGUGCGUGCAUUGACGACUGUGGGCCGUAUGGGGAGUGCAGACUACUGCGCACACACAGCUACCUCUACGGCGCAUGUGUGUGCAAAGCAGGUUGGCAGGGAUGGGGCUGUACGGAUGGAGUGACUGCGCAGUCGUACUCUCGACAGAUGGCAGCAGCUCUGCUCCUCACCCUUAGUAACCUUUUCUUCAUCCCGCCCAUCGUCGUAGCACUUCACAGAGGAUACCACAUAGAGGCCGCCAUCUACUUCUUUACCAUGUUUUUCUCCUCGUUUUAUCAUGCGUGUGACCAGCCCGGUGUGACUGUGAUGUGUAUCAUGGACUACGACACCCUCCAGUUCUGUGAUUUCUUGGGUUCUGUCGUGUCAGUAUGGGUGACCAUUGUGUGCAUGGCACGGCUUCAGGAGCCAAUAAAAUAUUUAUUGUUUAUGGCGGGCACUCUUGUCAUUUCCAUGGCGAUGCAGUUGGACCGCAGAGGCCUCUGGAACCUUCUAGGCCCUGUCCUCGUUGCUUUGGUCAUUAUGGUCACUUCCUGGAUUUAUCGAGGUGUGAAACGUCGUCAGUGUUACCCUCCAUUAUGGCGUCGUUGGGUGUUGUUCCUGCUCCCAGGCAUUGUGUCUGCAUUGAUUGGAGUGUGUGUGUAUGUCUUCGCACAGACCGACAGCAACUACUACUACACUCAUUCCAUAUGGCAUGUCAUGGUGGCCACAAGCGUGGUCUUCCUCUUACCACCACGUGAAAAACACGUUCCCCCCUGGGGCUGGACGAACAAAAUCUGUAGCUACAGGAGAUAUAAAAAUGAGAAAGUAGAGCUUUACACCGACACCUAAAUACACUAGUAUUGAUAUUGGCACAAAACCUGACGGAUUUUCAUGUGCAUUUUUACAGUUUUACAAAUGUUAGCCGUUAGCUUUAUGAAAUAUGUCGAGCUUUACAUGAAAGAUUCUCUUCUGAAGUCACCAAAAUCACUUAACUGCAGGUGUAGUGUUCGUUUAUAACUACGUAAGGGAUAGUUUACCAAAAAAUGUCAUUUUUUACUGUCAUUCUAAACCCAUAAACCAAAAUCAAUGGAACACAACAGGAGAUUUUUGAGAGUCAUAGUGACCACAUCAGUCAAGUGAAGAAUGACUAUUUUGGUUGUUUCUCACACAAAGUUAUUGUAUGACUCCAGAAGGCUUGGAAUAUAGUGCAAAAGUCAUAUAGACUACUUUUAUGGUGCUUUUUUGGCAUAUGAACAUCUCCUUUUGUGUUCCAUGGAAAAAAAUACUGUGCACAUGUUAUGACAUGAGGGUGAGUAAAUAAUACCAUAAUUUUAAUAUUUGAAUAUAAACAUAAUGCUUUUACUUGAGUGAUUUCACAGAGAACAACAGCAAUGUCAAUAAUUUAAUGAUAUGACAAGUAAAUUAAUGAUAUAAUCGAAAGGCAACUUGAAUGUCCCUGAAUUCUCCAUUAAGCACUUUUGUGAGGUUUAGUAUAUAUAUCGAAGAAUCAGUUUAUUGGAUUGAGUGAGCUACUUAAACUGCAAUUUUGUUCUUUUUGAACAAAAUUGUCAUAUUGUCUAUCUAAAUCUUUUCUGAGAAAAAACACUACUGAUUUCUAUUUUUCAUUUGAUUUAUGAGUAGCCCCACAUGGAAUCCGCACUCACAGAACUCAUUUUUUUCUAAGCGGAAAUACUUUUUUUUUCUCUAUAGAAACAGUCUAAAUGAAGACAGAAGUUUCAUUUUAGGGUGAAAUAUUCCAUUAAAUAACACAUUUUACUUUAGUUAAAUCCAAUUCACAGAAUUCCAGAGAUUUUCUUUCAAAACCAGCAUAGAAAAUUAGGGGAAAAAGACCUUGCAGAUUUUGUCUGGUCCUACUUAUGACGUUCCAGGUCAUGUUGGGCAUUGUCAUUACUACAAAGGACUGUUGUCUGUGUCUCAGAGCUUGUGUUUGCGUACCUACACAGGAGAACAGGUACAGUACGCAAUUAUUUAUACCACUGUCAGGAAUGUACAAGAAAAUACCUCCUUUCUUCUUCCCUUAAAGCCUUGAUAUUUUUUCCUGAGACGAAGAACAUUUUACACGCGCUUAAAAUUGUGCUUGCUUGAGCCAAUAUGUAAAAUCGUGCUUGCUGUAUGCUAGUAUGAAUCGCUACAGAUGUGUGUGUUUUUGUAAUGAGAAUCUGACAUACUGAUGACCUUACGUAUUUAAGAUAAACCCCUGUAUUGGGCAAGGCAUUCUAUAGAUAUGCAUAAUACUGUGUUUCUGACCCUCAGGCCAUUUUAAACUUGAAAAGGCUACUGUGGACGUUAUUUUUAGGCUUAAAUUUACAUUGCAGCUGUCCUUUAAAACUCAUGUAAAUCAGUGUCGUGUUUUUCUAUUUAAUUGUAACAGCAAGGCAGUUCAUCUCUUGUUUUUUCCAGAGGAGGUCAAGUGUUAAGUUAGGGUUGGAAUGUGAUGUUUUACAAUUUUUAUAUACAUUUUAUAUUGGAAUUACAAAUGAUAUUGAAAAAAUAAUGAGCCUAACUGAGAUGUAUGUUAAUACUAGUUUCAUUUCUAAAAUGAACCAUUUAUAAAAUCUGUGAAUCCCCCACAUUUUUACUUCCUUCUUAUGGGAUUUAGUUUUGAUUUAAUAUUGAUUAUCAUGACAAUUCUUGUUCUUGUUUAUCUAAUGGUAGGCCUUGUAUAUUGCACAAAUAUGCACUUAUAUUUGAGGGUGAGAAUGAAGCAGUGCAAUCAUGUUUAUGAACGUACAUGUUAAAGUUUCUUUGUUGUUGUUUUUGGGGCAUUUUUUUAAUUUAUUUCCGUUCUUUAUUCCUGCCUCCUUUUUUUCUUAAAAUGUUCUGUAAUCUAUAUGCCAAUAAAUCUCACUUAAUUAACCAA